AAAAUUUACGAUAUCAUGAAUGAUUUUAAAUAAAUUGAUAAGAAGAAUUGAGUUUCUCUACUGUGAUAGAUGUUUGAACUUCAAUUUGUAAUUCAUAAUUAUACGUAAUCUACGAUUUGUUAGUACUGUCAAAAAAGGAAGUACCCUGAACACGAUUUUUUAAGAAGUUAUCAGAAAUUACAGUAUUUCGAAGGCCACGUUCAACGAUGAACAUUUUUUUUACAAGAUUUCAAGAUCGUCAUCUUUUUUAAGUAGAACUACAUGUUCAUUUUUUGUAACUUUGUAGAGCGCGAGAAAACAAAUUUAACAACCUUAAUAACCAUACCGUCCCCAUAAUUUAUUCUUAAGAUAUUUGCGUCUGAACUGUACAUAUGUAACAUCUAAUUCUGUUCAAUGGACAAAUGACAAAAUUAAAAAAUCCAAAUUCUUCGACUCCUAGACAGAAUGUGUUAAAUUUUGCUCAAAUGAAAGUUUAGAAUAUAAGGGAUUAUUUGAGAUUAGUUUUAUCUAAAUAUUCUCUCUCCUUUUUGGUUUCAUAGCAAUUUUAAAAAUCGCUCCAUUGAUGAAUCUAGGAAAAAUUAUAACCAUUUAACCGUAAAACAGUGAAAUUAAUUUCUUUAUAAUUAAAGAAUGAUACUUCUCGAACUAUAAGGCGAGUUUUUGGACUGUUCAAGAGUUAAAUUAAAGCUUCAACUCUCAUAAAUUUACUCUGCAUAUUAUUCUGAUCUUCUAUGUAAUUCUAUUUAUUAUAUGCAAUUAAUACAAUACCUCUUUUUGAUUACGUAUUUGAAGGGAUUCGAAGUAUUUCAAAGCAUAUCAGUAACUGUACAUUUAUCUAUAGUCUGUCCAACAAAACGAGACAGUAAACGGAAACAAAAUUUGGUUGCCGCGCUUGCAAUUAUUGGCUGCCGACUAGUGAUAUUCGAAUUUCACUUCUUCACUGCCUCGUCUCUAUAAUAUAUGUAAAAAUUUUAUUAUUGAUAUUGAAAGUUACAUAAAAAGAUUUAUAGAUAUUUGAUUUUUUUGUAAUCAUUACACAAUAGAUUAAUAUAACUAUUGUUUCCGUGUAGUUAGUUAAUUAUUUAAUUUCUUUUCUGUUUGGAGAUUGUAGAGUGAUAUCUUGGUUUUGCUUUGGUAAUUUAUAGAGUAACUGAGGAUAAAUUUUUGUGAUUUUACGUACAGUUCGAUGUAAGAGACCUCUGUUGGAACUGUUGUAAAACAUAGAUUUUAAAUUGUUCAACGGUUAAUAAUAUAAGGAAGCGUUUAUAUACAAUGUGAAAGGUAGCGACUUAUUCUACGAAAAAAAGAGACGAAUGUUUAAGGUGAAAUAACUAAAAGCGAUCAGAGUGUAAAGAAGAUUUAUUCCACAAAAAUGAACGACACGCGUAAUGCGAAAAAAGAGAAAAAGCAGCAUAUACAAGUCUUUGUCCGUGUCAGGCCAAUAAAUAAUGCUGAGAAAGCCGGGAAAUCGGCAACAGUUGUUGAUAUACCAUCUAAUAAAGAAGUCGUCAUUCGGGAAAGACCUCAUGAUAAAUUUACAAAAAAGUUUACGUUUGACAAAGUAUUUGGACCUCAUUCAAAGCAGAUACAAGUAUAUAAUGCAGUUGUCAGUUCUUUGCUGGAAGAAGUUUUGGCUGGAUAUAAUUGCACAGUGUUUGCAUAUGGACAAACUGGCACUGGAAAGACUUUCACAAUGGAAGGAACUGACAAUGAUCCAUCAUUACAUUGGCAAACAGAUUCCACUGCUGGAAUCAUACCUCGAGCUUUAAGUCACUUAUUUGAUGAAUUGCGCGUAUUAGGCGUGCAGGAAUACUCAGUAAGAGUCAGCUAUUUAGAAUUAUACAACGAGGAAAUAUUUGAUUUAUUAUCUCCUAGUGAGGAUGCUGCUAAAAUAAGGAUAUAUGAAGAUCCAACUAAAAAAGGUGCUGUAAUAGUACAUGGUUUAGAAGAAAUGUCAAUACAUACUAAAAAUGAAGUAUUUAACAUCCUUCAGAAAGGAUCAGAAAAACGGCAGACUGCAGCUACUCUGAUGAAUGAUCAUUCAAGUCGUUCCCACACAAUAUUUUCUAUUACUGUUCAUAUAAGGGAGAAUACUAUAGAGGGUGAAGAGCUAUUGAAAACAGGAAAACUAAAUUUAGUUGAUCUAGCUGGCAGUGAGAAUGUUGGAAGGUCUGGUGCUGUUGACCGAAGAGCAAGAGAAGCAGGCAAUAUCAAUCAAUCUUUAUUAACUUUAGGUCGAGUUAUAACAGCAUUAGCAGAAAAAGCUCCACAUGUACCUUAUAGAGAAUCUAAAUUAACACGGUUGCUCCAGGAAUCAUUAGGUGGACGUACAAGAACUUCAAUAAUUGCUACAAUAUCUUCUGCUAGUAUUAAUCUUGAGGAAACCUUGUCAACAUUAGAUUAUGCACAUCGUGCUAAAAAUAUCACAAAUCGACCUGAAGUUAAUCAAAAAUUUUCUAAGAAGGCAUUACUUCAAGAAUAUAUUGAAGAAAUUGAAAGAUUAAAGAAAGAUUUAAUAGCAUGUCGUGAACGAAAUGGUAUUUAUCUAACUCCGGACAGUUACAAUGAAAUGCAAUCUUUGAUAGAAUUUCAAAGCAAAGAAAUAGAGGAAAAAUUGAAUCAUAUUAAAGCACUUGAAGAAUGUAUGAACUCUAAAGAGCGAAUAUUUAACGAAUUAAAAUCAAUAACUUCCAAACAAGCAAAUGAAAUAUUAAGUACAAAAAAUGAAUUGAAAAGCACAGUAAAUGCUUUAAUGUCAACGUCAACACGCUUGGCAAUAUCGGAACGAGAAAAAGAGGAACAAAAAUUUCUUGUUGAAAAACAUGCAAAUACUGAAAAUAUUCUUUUAUCACAAGUACAAACAGUUUUAGAUGUUGCUGAUACAGCCACCUCAGAUGUAAAUAAACUUCAUGAUAAAAUCUUUCGUAAAUUACAAAUAGGACAGCAAAAUAAAUCUCUUGGACAACAGUUUAAGAACAACAUUAAAGAACAAAUCCAAAAAAUUGAAGCUGAUAUUGCAUCGCAUACCAAAAAUUUAAUGCAAUUCUCUACAUCUAUGAAGGAUCAUAUUGAAGCGCAAAGUGUAUCAGUUAGCGAGGACAUUGGAAAGGCGAUUCAAGUUAUGUCCCAGGAUCUUGUUAAUUUUAAACAAAAUAUUAUCAAUGAGUUGAUGAAAAAUAUGGAUGAUUCUUAUGUAAGGUAUCAACAGUGGUUGGGAAAUAAAAGUGAAAAUGUUACAGCUAUGACUAAUAUAAAAAUUAGUAUGUUAAAUAAUAUUUCUUCCCAUAUUGUACAAAAAUUUCAUCAGUUACUGGAGAAUAAACUAGCUGAAGGUUUGCAAGCGCUAAACACUGAUAUUUCUCAAAAUAUUGAUAACUUAAUAGAAUCUACAAAAGAAUCCAUGACAUCAAUUUCUAAAUGUUCAACUGAAAAGCGGGUUCGCUUAAAUAACGAUAUGUUAGAAAUUAGAGAACAUAUUGAAAAUAUUCGACAGGGUCAAAAGAAUAUUAUCGAGAAACGGACAAAUUUUGCAAAGAUGAUGGACGAUUUGCAACGUUGUUUUAAUGAGAUACAAAAGGAGCAGGAAGAGAAUCAUUUUUCAAUAUGCAAUAUAUUAGACAAUAUUGAUGAAACUUGUAGAACUAUAAAUAAUCAAGCUUCAGAUACUUGCAAAAUAAAGAUAGAAAAACAAAAUGAUUUGCAAGAAAGAUUUCGAAGUGAUCUAGAAAUAGUGAAAAAGGUAGUUGUUGAAGGAACAGAUAAGUCUCGAUUGUUGAACGAAAGCGCUAUAGCACAAGGUAAAAUAUCAAUAGAUCAGUUCCAAUCGAACAUAAAUAAGAAUUGUGAUACAUUAAUGAGUUUUAAAAAUUGCGUGGAAAAUAAUAUUACGGAAAUGCAGCAAAAGAUGGCAAAAGAUAAAAGCUUUAUUUUGUCAGCAAUCAAUGAUAUGUACAUGAAAGUUUAUACCACUAGCAAUGAACAUAUAAAAUGUUUUGAUGAUUGUAAAAUGGCAUUUAUGACUGUAUUUACAGAAAUGAGUAAAAAGCUUGAGAGUGAAAAUAUUAAUGCAGAAAAUGUGAAUAGCAAAAGUAUUUUAGAAAUGCAAGAAAUACUUGAUCAAGUUGACAAAUUCUUUACAGAAGAUUUAUAUCGCGAUAAUCCAACAGGUUUAACUCCUGCAAAAAAGGAUUUUCAGUAUUCUAAAAAGCUUAUUAAAACCUCUCCACAUGAACGACUACUUAAAAGGUAUAGAGAAACACUUAAAGAUAUUGAAGAUACAGAGAAUGAGCCUGUAAUACCACUGAAUACAUCUACAAAACAAGCUGUAGAUACAAGCUGAGAAAUAACCUUCGAAGAAAUUAUAACGUCGUAUGUAGUAUGUGGAAAUUAUGAAUUUUUAAAUUUUAUAACCAUAAAUACUUUAUAACCAAUGCGACAAAAUAAAAUUGAA